CCUCAGAGGCAGUUCGAGCAGAGGGAGGAAGCCACCUUCUCUCGACGGCAGGGUCCGUUUUGUCUGCCCAUCUUGAUCAAAGGGAACAGGCGCUUGGUUUCUUCCGGGAUCGCCGCGGGCCCCGGGGCUCGGGGAGCCCCGAAGAUGGAGCCCCAGGCUGCCCGGCGCAUUCUUCUCUCCAGCGGGGGCCUCGGACUCCGGCACCGCGGCCCAGGGCCGAGCGGGGCCAGGGCGCACGCGGGCCGGACGGAUGCAGUGCCCGUGAACUUGAGGCCUGGUAAACUGACCGCAGCUCACAGGUUGUCUGCCGCGCGGCCCGAGGGGCCGGGAGCCGAGCCGGAGGCGGCGGGCCGAGGAAACGCGCUAGCAGAGAGCCAGCUCGCCGGGGUCCGCGACGGACACGUGGCCCGACGGGCGGCCGCUGCCCGCUGCUCCGAACCCGCCGCUGCGGCUCGCGUCCCGGCCGCCUCUCAGGGCGGCAGGUCCACCCGGCCCCCGGGUGGCCGCGUCGCAUCGGAGGUCCGCCCCCUGCCCUGCAGGCUCCCGCGGCGGCUGCCCAGCCUCUGCUUUCGUUUUCUCCUGCCCUUUCGCAGUUCCAUUUUUUCGAGAAACAGACGGGUGCGUUCCCCUUUCCGUUCCCGAAAUGAUUCUUCUAAGGUGAAUGGCUCAAAAUGGAGCUUUCUUCUCGUGGUCCCUGGGAGACUCUGCAGGAGUGAAUCUCCGGGCUGUUUCCAGCCAGACGCGCGCCUUGGGCUCUCGUGGGAUCACAAACCUGCAAUCUAACAGAGGCUUCCGAGGUCAGGGCCACAGGAAAUGUGCGAUAAACCCUCACGUCUCGAAGAUAAAUACGGAGAACUGUAUUAGUAGCAAAAUUACAGUCUUUUUCUCUCAUCCCAAAUAAAAAAUCAUUGUAAAUUAAGGAAGUGUUCUGCGUGUAUCAGUUUUAUGCGCUGUAGUAUUCUGCCCCUCCAGACAUAGAUUUCCAUGUCUAGAGAGCCAGCUCCUAGG